AGAAGCAAAACGUUUCUUUGACAGAGUUCAAGAACAGCAUCAGCAUCAGCAUCAAAAAAAAGUACAUGGUCGUGUGGGUGGGAGAGAGGGAGGGAGGAAGCGAGGUUACUAAAAUUCCUAGUACGAGCUUGGGCCACAGCCUCUCCAACUUGAUUGAUUUUGUCUGCUGUUAAGAAUUAUCUUACUUUGCUCAAUACAGAAAAUUAUUGGCCUACUUCACUUGACUUUGCAAGAAUCUCCCAUUUGAUAUGUCUUCAUUUUCCCCUUUUAUAUGCUCUUUGAUUCCUUGAAAGUUGACCUCUACGAGCGACUGGAACUGUUCCCUCCCAAUAGUAUCAAUCAUUUCCCGGAUUCAUCUCGAUCUUGUUAUUUAUAUUCUCGUCAUGUCAUUUAAGAUGGUAAUAGCAUUUUGGGAAUAAGAUGGGUAGAAGAGAGUUCUUUGUGAAAGUUGGAUUUUUGUGUUUCUUCUUGUUCAAUUUGUUCUCGUUUGCUUAUUGUUCUGUAAUUUAUAACAUAACUGCAUCCAGACCACUCUCUUCAGAACAAACUCUUAACUCCCCUCGCCAAAUAUUUGAGUUGGGUUUCUUUACUCCUAAUAACAAUUCCCAUAAUCAAUACGUGGGAAUAUGGUUUAAGGAAGUUUCUCCUCAGACUGUGAUUUGGGUGGUCAACAGAGAGAACCCAGUUACAAACUCCUCAGCAAGUCUCACAAUUGGCAGCGAUGGGAAUCUGAGGCUUCUUGAUGGUCAGCAGAACAGUAUUUGGUCGACCAAUAUUUCUGGCCAAUCGAAUGGUUCAAUUGCUCUACUUUCAGAUGAUGGAAAGUUGGUUUUGAACAGUAUAGCAGGAGAGAAUCUAUGGGAUAGCUCCCAGCAUCCUACCGAUUCUCUCUUGCCAGGCACAUGGUUGGCCUACAAUAACACAACUGGGGAGAGACUUACUGUUACUUCUUCGAAAAGUGACAAGGAUCCAUCUGUCGGGGAUUUUACUGCUGGUGUGCCACCGCAAACACCUCCACAAGCCUUCGUUUGGAAGGGGUCAAAACCCCAUUGGAGAAGUGGGCCGUGGGACAAAACAAAGUUUAUUGGGAUACCAGAAAUGGAUGCUGAUUAUCAAAGUGGACUCACACUCAUCGAAGGUCUUCAGCCGGGGAGUGCUUACCUCACUGUAAGUGUACUGAGGAACUGCAGUUACUCGAUGUUUGUGAUUUCACCAACAGGAGUUUUAAGGUUCUUGUGUUGGGUGGAAGUGAGGGGCUGGUAUGCUAGAUGGGAGGCACCUGUUACUCCCUGUGAAGUUUAUGGAGCUUGUGGACCUUUUGGGGUUUGCCAAAGAUAUGAACCAAAUCUAACUUGUAGGUGCCUAAAAGGAUUUGUGCCCAAGUCUGACGAGGAAUGGAGCAAAGGAAACUGGACAGGAGGGUGUGUGAGGCGAAACGAAUUAAGUUGCGGGGGAAACGCAAGUUCCAUUAACACACAAGGAGGAAAACCAGAUGGAUUCUUGAAGAUUGGUGGGUUAAAACUUCCAGAUUUGUCUGAAUUCUUGAAGGUGUUUGAUGAAAUUGAGUGCCACCAGCGUUGCUUGAAUAAAUGUUCCUGCUCAGGUUAUGCAUAUGUAAAUGGGAUAGGGUGUUUAAUUUGGACAGGAAGCCUUCUGGAUAUGCACGAGUUACCCUUUGGUGGACAAGAUCUUAAUCUUCGCCUUGCACAUACAGAAUUGGGUGAAAGUGAUCAGAAGACUAAAGAAAAGAUCAUUAUCAGCAUCAUUACUGUUUCAAGUAUCUUCCUCAUUGCUGCUAUGAUUUAUGGCUUCAGGAAGUGGAGAACCAACCAAAGGGCCAGAACAAAUGCUCCAGUUGACACUUCAAGAGAAAAUUCGCAACCAAUCAUGUGGGGAAGCACAUCAGAAGAUAAAGAUUCAAUAGAGUUGCCUUUAUUUGACUUCCAUAGCAUAAUAGUUGCGACCAAUAACUUUGACAUAGUGAACAAACUUGGGCAAGGAGGUUAUGGUCCAGUUUAUAAGGGAACCUUGCAAGAUGGGAACGAUGUGGCGAUUAAAAGACUUUCUAGUAGCUCUGGUCAAGGCAUGACGGAGUUCAAGAAUGAAAUGAUGUUGAUCUCCAAACUCCAACACAGAAAUCUUGUCAGACUCUUAGGUUGCUGCAUUGAAAGAGAAGAAAAGAUGUUAAUUUAUGAGUACUUGCCCAACAAAAGCUUGGACACUUAUCUAUUUGAUCCAGCAAGAAAGGCAGAGCUUGAUUGGAGUAGACGUUUCAACAUUAUAAUUGGAGUUGCCCGAGGGCUUCUUUAUCUCCAUCGCGAUUCUUGUUUAAGAGUCAUACACAGAGAUUUGAAGGUCAGCAAUAUUCUUCUGGAUGAGAAGAUGAAUCCAAAAAUAUCAGAUUUUGGAUUGGCAAGGAUUUUUGAAGGCACACAAGAUCUAGGAAGCACUCACAGAGUUGUGGGAACAAUAGGUUAUAUGGCACCAGAAUAUCUGUUGGGUGGUAUAUUUUCAGAGAAAUCUGAUGUCUUUGGCUUUGGAGUCUUGAUUUUGGAAAUUGUCAGUGGCAGGAAGGUUAAUAGCUUCCAGUAUGAUAAACAACACAUGAGUCUUCUAGCUUAUGCAUGGAGAUUGUGGUUCGAUAGUAAGGGUGUACAAAUGAUAGAUGAAGCAUUGGCAGACUCAUUUUCGUCAUCAGAAGUAAGCAGAUGUGUAAAUGUUGGACUUCUCUGUGUACAGGAUAAUGCUGCAGAUAGGCCAACCAUGUCAGCCAUUGUUUCUAUGCUUAGUGGUGAAAAAUCAACACUUCCUGAACCAAAACAACCUACAUUUACGUUUCAGAACAUCUCUAGUAACAACCAUUUUCAAUCACAAAGCAACUCUACAUGGUCUGUAAAUAAUGUCACUGAAUCUAUCAUUGAACCUAGAUAAAACCAAUAAAUAAUCUGUUGUUUAUCUUUGUUUUUAGUCAUACCAAGUUUUAUAUGUAUCAGAGUGUAAAGAUAGGUGAGAAAUGUAUAAUCAAUGAUUCUCGAAUGAAUUUGUGCCAUGGAGUAGGUGAAAAUGGCCAUCAAAGUCUUCCAAGAGUUGUAUUAUUUUUAAUUAUUGCCUUGAACAUUGCAAAGAAAAUCGGUGUGGCAUUAGUGAUAUACAAAGAGCCACGGCAGAGGGGGUGGAUUGAUAACGGAGUUGAUUGAGUCUUUUGUUUGGAUUA